AUGUCACCGAUGUCACCCCCGCGGCGACACAUGGACGACUGGUCUGUAAGCCAUGAAGACGGCAAUAAUCCAAAAGCUUUUAGAGUAAUUAUGGCCUCCUCCAAGUAUUUGCAAAGACUCACAUCAUUUAUCGGAACUUGCGCCAAAUCAAAAGAUUUCCAUCAGUUUGCUGGAAAGCAUACAAGAAAUUUAUACUUCGUAACUCGAAUGUGUAGAUCCCAGAUCCGACCGAUCUCUGCGACCGAAGGACAUGUAAAAGUAGAGUUCGAAGUGAUACCAGCAAUGCUGAACCCGGCUGGAACUCUUCAUGGAGGUUGCACGGCCACCCUCGUGGAUAUGUUCACUACUCAAGCGUGUAUGGCUUCUCCUCGUGGUCUUCCAGGAGUUAGUGUGGAUAUGCACAUCACCUUAGCUCGCCUACGUCGAUCUUCAUCGCAGGCUGAUCUCAUCAAUAAAGCCACUGACAAGAUCAUCGCCACUGGACUACACACGAAAGCCUUUCCCCGAGCCAAGACAGCAGAGAAAAAAUCAUGA